AUCGAUGUGGGCGAAGGCACUUUUGGGCAACUGCGCGUUUUAUUUGGGGAUGAUGGAUGUUCGGAGCUGCUGUGCAAAUUGAAUGCCGUCUUUGUAACACACGCUCAUCAAGAUCACAUGAAUGGCCUGUAUACAAUCAUUGAACGGCGUAAGGAGGCGAUUGAAGGCUCUGGAAGACAGUACACACCUCUGGUUCUAGUCUGUAAUCGAAAUGUAUUAAAGCCGUUGAAAACUUACUCGAUGUGCUUCUUUGAUCUCGAGUCGUUAGUGGAGAUAGUUGAUAUAUCAAGACAUCCGAUUACACCUCCCGCAAGCGUUGAAUCCAUUCCAGGAAGACAGUACACACCUCUGGUUCUAGUCUGUAAUCGAAAUGUAUUAAAGCCGUUGAAAACUUACUCGAUGUGCUUCUUUGAUCUCGAGUCGUUAGUGGAGAUAGUUGAUAUAUCAAGACAUCCGAUUACACCUCCCGCAAGGUAA